CGUUGAACAGAAAACUGUUGACAUGACACCGGCUGACAAACACUCAAUAAACGGACAAACCUCGGAUAUUUAAGAAGCUUUUUUUAACCUGUUGCCACACAGGAAGAUUGAACAUGGAGUUAUCCCCGCUUAUAAAGAAAAUAGGCCACUCUUUGGUGGAGAUAAGAGUGCGAGCGCUGAAGAACAUCUUGUGUAAACUGGACCAUUCCCUGAUCUCCGUCUCAGACAUCGUGCAGGAGAAGAUGCUGUUUGUGCUUCUUCUCGAGUGGUUCAAUUUCCCAGAGGUGCCGAUGCAGGAAGAAGUCCUUGAGCUGCUCUCCACGUUAUCAAAGCAUCCGAGUGCAGCCCAGAUGCUCAGAGACGUCGGGGCGGUAGACUUCCUCUCUCAGCUGUCUCGUAACGUGGAGCCCAGCCUGCGAGCUGUCAUCGACGGGACCCUCGACCAGCUGUUCCUGCUCCCCCCACUCCUCCCCAGCCACAACACAGUCUCCACGCAUGGACAGCGCAACACAACUCCAACAGAUGUUCUACCUGAAAUGGGAUAUUUCCACAAGGGCAUGCCAAGCCAUACAGAUGUGGCGCCUCAGAAGAUAGCAGUGCACGAGUCUGUGAGGUGUCUCAAGUUUUCUGUGUUCCCAUGGCUGACUUUGACGAACACGGACAGACACAUACUGUCAUCCAACGAGAGUUCUCUAAGCAGCAGCAACCCUGCCUUGGUGCGGACUACCUGUGAACUCCUGUGUGACGUCAUUAUGCAAGACUUUCCUGCUGAGAUCUUCCUGCAAAGGCCCAGCAUAGUGCAGAACCUGCUGUCCCUGCUGAGGCUGGGUUCAGGUAAAGGUGAGUCGAGGUUCCUCCACCUGCAGGCGCUCUCCUGCCUGAGGCAGCUGUGUGUGGGGCUGAGGAGGAGACUCCGCUUUCAUCAGGAUCCAAGCUUCUUCUCCACAAAGCAAGAUCCAGUGUCCCAGAACUCGUCCUUCUCCUACUCCCAGGAGGUGAGAGGCACGCAGCGUUCCCAGGCCUCCUCCCCGGGGGGCGAGUGCUCUCCUCGGCCCUCGGUGGUGGGACGCACCGGCCAGAGAGCCAGUGGAGACGGACAGGACGGAGACGCAGCGUCCACCAGUGGCAGCUCUCACAGAGGUGGAGCAGCAGUCCAGGCCCCUCCCCAGUCCCCCCAGUCUCCUGCAGAUUUGGCCCACCUGGAUCUUCCUGACCUGGGUGUGGAGGAUGUUCUGGAGCUACAGCUACAGCAGCUCACUCUCGCUCAGUUCACCGUAGCCACCAUGCAACAAGCCAUACCGCUGCUGAAAACAGAGGUUUCUCACGUGUUCCACCGUGUGUUGGAGCUGCUGAGCGGCGGCGUGCUCCUGCUCGGGGACAGCGUCUGCGAGCUGGUGUGGGACGACCGCAGCCUGGUGGGGACGGAGCUGAAGCAAAAGCUGCAAGCCUGCAUGGAGCUAUUGGGGGAAAUCCUCAGCUACCAUCAGAGCGUUUCAGCAGAUAUUCCCCGCAGCGCUCAGGUUCAUCACAGGAUGGCAUACUCAAGCGUCUCUAUACUCACCAUCAAACUCCUGCAGACCAUCCUCCCUCCUGAGAAGGCUGGUGAACAUCUCCCAGAAAGCACAGCAACCGCUAUUUUCCACCUGUGCUUGGACACGUCGUUGGGGAGUUUAUUACCCAGCAUGCACCAGGCAGCGGUGGCCUACCUGGAGCAGGUGAACUCUGACAGCCACGACCUCUACAGGAGGGUGAGCCGCGCCGCCCUCUGGAUGGAGUCCACCUGCAACUUCAUGAAGGAAGCACAAGCUGAGGGAGAGAAGAACUGGUUGGAGUUGCUGGAGCUGGCAGACCAGGCGAUAAACGGCCUCUCGCUGCACCAACACCUCCCCAUCGUCAAGGAGUGUGUCCACAUCUGCUCUCACCUGUGGACGUUUGAUGAUCCCAGCCCCCUCCUCCAAAGAGAGAGCCAGAAACUCCUCCUGAAGCUUCUGUCUCAUCCCUUACUGCCUGUCAGAGCGGAAACAUACCAAUGCACUCUACGCCUGGCCAAGGACUGCCUCGGCAUCCAGAAUGUGGCACGAAAGGAAGUGGCGGCCUGCGGCGGACUCAACUUCCUUAUCCACCACAGGGUGCUCUAUGAAAUCACUGCUUUCGGACUCCAGGAUUCUGCAGAGAAGGUGAACGUCGCCGCCAAGGAUAUCCUGCUAUUCGUGCUGAAAGGACGAUUGAUGAUGACAGCAUCCACCUGGGACAGAUUCAACGAGGCACUUCACCCGGUCAUGCCCGUGUUACAGGGCUAUGCCGGCACUGAAGACUCGCUGGGAAACUGUGUCCUGCUGAUAAGUGACAUGUCGGACGUCUUUCCAAGCAAAGCCAAGCUGAAAGCAGCGCUGCGACUCCUUUUCACUAAACAACCCACUGUGAGAAUAGCAGCAGUGCAACAAAUCCUGCCCCACUUAAGCAGCCAUGAUGAUGCUGAUGCAGCCAGACCAGAGCUGGACCAAUCAGUGAUCUCCUCUCUGCCGAACCUCUUCUGCCUCCGACAGCCUGCAGACGUCUCGCUGGACACCUGCAACAAGUCUGUCCUCAAGGUGGAGUCGGUGGAGAAGCUGUUUGGUAUCCUGUCCUCGGACACUGUUGACAUCUCUCUGAAAAGAUCGGCAGGGGAGCAACUGUCUGUCGUGCUGCAAGACACAACAAUGCACCCAGUGCUGAAGAAUCUGGGAAUAACAGACAAAGUCAUUUCUUUCAUUGUGGGGAGUGUAAACGGCAACAAGAGCGCAGACUGCCUGCUGGAGCCAUGUGUGUGUAUCCUGAGGAAGUUGGUGUACGCUGAUCCGUCCCUGAGACACAGCCUGGCUCAGCGCAGCCUCCUGCUGCUCACACUGGUCAGGGCAUCGUUGAUAUUAAAGGAGAACAAAGGCAAUGGGAAUGAGAUUUCUGUCCUGAUGAGUUUACUGCUAUUUGAUGAGAUUGCCAGCAUGGAAACAUGGUCGGACAACACGGAUGUGACGCUCACACCGUUCUCCCUUCCUCUGUCGGUAAUACGCAGGUACAACAUCCCGUUCCAGGCGGGAUCUCAUCACGCUGUCAGCCCGUUUUGCUGCGUCCUCCCCCCCUUUAUCGACCUCCUGACCUUCCCCCCCGCACGCCUCGCCCUACAGCUGGCCUGGAACACCGCAUGGCAUUCUGGGAUAGAUAACCUCCUGGAGAAGCUGCAUGGCGUCUCUACGGAUGAUACUGAAUUCCACCCUGACUUGAAGCUGUCGGAGGCGCAGGGUGUGAGUCUGCGGGCGCUGCACCCCCCCGCCGCGCUGCAGGACUGCCUCCAGAGCAUCGUGUCUGCAGCGGGUCACAGAUCCGUCACCUCCGCCCUCUCCACGCUCAGAUUGUAUCUUCUGAUGGAGCACCUCGCGCUGCCGCACACCCCCACCCUCAGCUGCAGAGACACCCUCACCUCCCUCGGCUGGCAGGCAGCAGUCACCAGGUUCCUCCAGGUGCGUCCAGCCUGUGUGGACGAUGAGAGGUUGCUCGUGGGUAUAGUUGCAUUUUUGAAUGCCUACUUCAACCCCUCUGAGUCGGCAUCUGAUCCCGAGGACCAGGACCUGCGCUGGAUCCUGGAGCUGCUUCUCAACCAGGAGUCAGCGUCCCUCCUCAGCCUCCUGCUCGGUGUGGAGACCCAGACGUCCUCUCAGACCUCGGAGGAAUCGGAGGAGCAGAAGAACCACGUCGGCCAGAGACUUCAGAGAGAGCUCAGCAGCUUCUUCAACACUAUACUCCUCCGAGUCACACACACCACUGACAGGCUCUGUCUGGCGUUAGCGGGCCCGCUUCAGAGCCAGCUGGCGGUGCGUUUGCUCCAGAGUCUGAGGGUGUCUGACACCCCGCGCUUCUACGGCCUCCCCAGCCUGGAGAGGACUCUGCUGGGCAUGGUCUGCCUCACCGCACAGCCCGGGUGGAGCUCUCACUGCACUGACAUGGAGCCCAAGAUACUCUGCUCCAAGUACCUCAGCGGGCUGCUAGAGGUGAUCUCCUCGUUUUAUGUGGAGUGGGGGGGAAACUCCAUGUCCUUCAUGGGGAAAGGUGUGACCAAGAACGCCGUCAUCUGCCUCCUUCACCUGUCCCACGAGAUGCUGAUGGAGAACAAAGACAAGGACUUCAUUUCCCAGUGGUCUUUGGGGAAUGAUGUGUCUUCUGAGGACACUAACCCCUCUCAGCUCGGUUUGGCCUGGCUCAUCCCUCUGUGGGUCGACCGCGAUCAAGAGGUGAGGUUUUCCUCUCUGGGUCUGGGGGCCGCUCUGACCUCGGGGUCCAGCGGGUGUCAGGCUCUGUGUGCCAGCUGUCAGAACAUCAGUGGAGGAUUGUGGGGAACGCUGCUCAACAUCCUCCUGGAUCAGCAGGAGAGCAGCAUGGUCCGCAGAGAG